UUCCUCCCCCCAUGCUGAGCCCUUGACUUUGCUCCCCCCGUGUUAAAGCGGAGACAGGCUGUCCUCCUCCGCCUCUCUCGGUCUCCCUGCUAGACUGAAGCUGUCCCGGACCUCAGAGCGGAUGAUGCGGGUUUCGGUGCUCCGGCUGGCCGCAGCGCUGGCUCUGUUUGCCGCAGUGUGCGGCUCUCGGGCGGAGGUGAUCGAUGACAUCCUGAGCAGCCUCUCCCGCGGAGUGUCCUUCCUGGAGCGGCAGCACGAGCACAUCAACCUGGACGGAGUGGUGGGGUUCGUCAUACUGCAGGCUGAGCUGAAGGAGGCGGUCCGGACGUGGCCUCACACCGACCCGGUCAGCUGGGCUCAGAGAACCACCGCCGUCGCUCUGGUCAGACGUCUCGACCAAAGUCUGGAGAAGGCUAACGCUGCACUGGAACAGGACGACCCAAAAUACUACAGAGAGUUCGAGCCGCUGUUGUCGUGGAGUUUCUGGCUGAUUCCUCAGGAAUGGUACACCACAGAUCCCAGCCUGGUUUAUCCCUCCACCAUGACCACUGAGUGCUACGACGAGCAGCUCAGUGACAAAUGUCUGACCCUGCUGCUGGGAACCUGGAAGAUGAACGGGACGCCGUGCAUCGUCACCAAGCCCUGCCGGGACACCAUGACUCGUUUUGGGUGUCCACACUACUCUCUGUCCCACCAGCUUCUCUACUUCAUGAUCGGAAAAAUGAAAGGUUGCACUAAUCUGCUGAAAGGCGACACACGAGCAUCCAGAGCAAACAUGACCGAACAGAACUACCAGAGGAUCUUCUGCUCCAACAUGAUGAAGACCAACCAGGACAUCAAAGACGGUCUGAGCGAGCAGAUGGUCGACAUCUUCAUCGAAAACAUCCUGAUUUGUGGAUUGUCUGGAUUCUCCGACUUCCACAAAGCCGAUUGGCUGCAGCACAUUCUGAGGCUGCAGGACGAGGAGGUGGGCUGCUUUGGGAGAGACAAGAGCAUCAUCUCACAGAUCAUUGGAGACGAGCUGCUGGAACAGCUGCAGCCUCACAGGAGAGUGAAGAGGAGGGAGAAGAUACUUCCAGACGGCUGUUCCAGUCACAUGACGGCGGUGGCGGUUGGUGCUCUGGGAGGAUACCUGAACUACUACCUGACAGAGCAGGACAUCACAAAGAGGCCGCUCUCCUGAGGGGCGUUCCCACGAGAAAAAAAAACACUGUAGAUCAUCAGGUAGAGACUUUUAUCAUCGGUGAAACGAGGCAGACUCUCCACACCAGAACGUAGUGUUAACAUGACGAAAACGCCUAAUGCAAACCCGGAUGUGGAGGCUAAAGCUUUAUUUUCAGUCAUGUUUUGUUACUAUAACAAUAAAGCUGAUUUUUUUACCAUUAUUAUCAAACUUAAACAAGAUGUUUGAAAGUAGUGAUGCUCCAACCGUAAGAAAGGAUAAGUAGGACCAUGGUAAAAUAUAAAUGGGCGUUUUGGAGGAUGAGACUUGGAUUAAUUCGACUCUUCGAGGUCAUCACGAGAUUUUUUCUGGCUCCAGGGGUUAAAGUGGGCCACGGAGAUGCUGAAGCCCACCUCCAGUUAAUGAGUGAUUACAUUUGAUCGGCAGCUUUUAACAUUAAGAGUUCAUUUUUAUUGCAGCUCGGCUCUGUUUCCAGCUGCUCCCACCUCAACCAAUCAGGAGGUGACACACGGCUGCAUGCACACACUGAGCCUUCAAUCCUUCCAUUCGUGUCAGAGUUCAUGCUCACAAUAAGACUGGAAUCUUAAUACUUUAGCAUUUAGCCAUCACUACAGGAGUCCACAGAAAGUGCUGCUCUGAGUGAAUUUAAUUCAAUUCAGUUUCAUAUAUAUAAAUUUAUAGGGCUCAACAAGAGUCACCUCGAGGCGCUUUAUAUUGUACGGUAAAGACCCAGGAAAUAUACCCACCCCCCACCAGCCCAAUCCCACUCUAACCCCUGUGCAUCGGCGACAUUGUGUCCACAAAACAGUGUUUUUUCUUUGAUGUAGCCUCUUUAGGAGAAAUCUGUAGUUGCAAUGAGUGAACAAGAGAUCAGCUGGAGCUGGAGGGGGGUGGGGUUACCUUUGUGUGAACACCACAGUGAGAAAAACACAGAGGACACAGCGUGAUGUGGUCAGAGACUCGACGAUUCUGCAGGAUUUAUUUUUAAAGUUUAUAUAAAGCUAAAGACGCUGAUUGGAGCAUCUCUAUUUAAAACACAUAUUUACAUUUACUUUGAAAAAAAACAUCAGAAUCCACCCAGGUUGUUUUCCUGGUGAAAACCUUGAGUUAAGUUCUAAAAAUAUCUUUAUUUACUUUAAAUCGUAUUGUUUCUCACACGUAUUUAAUCGACAAACAGUCGGGAGCAGCGGCUGCAGAGGAUCUGCAUGAACCGAAUGCAUGGAGAUAAACAUACAUUACUAUCAUCGUGUAUGUUUUUGUUAGUGAAAUAAACAUAACCAAUAAAACUAAAGUCUGUUCUACAAA